UUGAUGAGAUGUUCCCAAACCACAAUGGCUGUGUCGGGCCUGGAUCCCGACCCGCCGGAGAUGUCAUCCGUCGUCCCUGAUGCUCGCGCCCGCGUUCGUAUGCGGUAAGUGUGCGCUCUGGCGGUGCGGGAGAAUCGGUGCAGCUGGGGCUAUUCAGGGCACCAUUCACUCGUCUGCUAUGCAGAGCAGACGUCGAUGCCACAGGUAUAAAAGCCUGUAUGCCUGACGUAGAAGUCCUACUACCUCCCACCACCUACACGUUGACCUCGAGAAUUCGAAUGCCCAGGAAGAAGCGCUCUAGUGGUGGUAACGGAGACAAGGAACAAAAUGAUGGCCAUAGGCGCCUCCCGACGCGUAUUCCGGACUCACCUGGGUAUGUCCAUUGGGCCACGCGGACCUUUGGCAGAACUCGAGGCGGACCAGCAUCUGUCCCUACAGGCGUUUCAUCCGAAAUUGACUUCUCCCUCGCUGACAACGAAGGGCUCGGGAGUACGGAGAGUUCGCCGGUGUCAUCCGCGCAAAGCUCUCUGUCUCCGACCAGGACACCCUCCAGUUCAAGAGGCCGCGGACAACGCCGGUCUGGUGGACAGGACGAGCUACCGGUCUUCGGGUCUAUCUCUCCCAUAACACCGUCGAGCGAGGGGGGUGACCCAUGGUCGCCUCCUACCGCAGUCUCACCUCCAGAGCCAUCCGGGCCCUCUCCACGUCGCGACCGAUUCUCUCCCUCUCGUCAACACCACUCACCCCUCAAUCAGCAAGGUUCACCAACUCGUCAACAGUACUCUGCUACCAGGCACCAGGGCACUUCAUCCCAUCCGCAACAUUCUCCCGACGCCCCCUCCCAGCAUUAUCCUCGGUAUCAUCCGUAUCGACAACCUGUAGUCGCUCCUCGAACUAGGCUUCCGCCAGGCAGUCACACACCGAACCUUCCGACAGGAUCAGCGGUGGGCUCGUAUCCUGCUCCAGAGGUCGGCAUGCCGCCUGUGUACGGCUACACAGGACCCGUCACUGAUGAUGCGCAACAGUGGCCCGAGUCCAGCCUUGGCUUCAGCCCAGAUGGAUCAUUGCCCGCUCUCGACACGAACUUCUCGUACCUAAAUUAUUUGCCACCAACUAUGGAGGAACAGGUCACACAUGUGCCCUUGUAUAUGCCCCAGCAGCCACCCUUCCAACGACAGAAUAUACCCCGCUCCUCUGCCCAAUCCACGUCCCAAUGGGCUCGCAACGCCAUCUAUCCUUCCGGUUACCUUGGCCCUGAGGUACAGACCGGUGAUGUCGUCAAUCACUAUGCGUCACCGGCGUACCCUCAGCAACUAUGGGAGACGCCCACAGCAUAUGGCUCCACAGCCGUUGUCGCCGAACACGCUACGACAAGAACAGCGGAGCAGCCGUCCUACCAAUGGUCCACUGGGCAAUCCCAAUACGCGGCACCCCGAGGCCGGCCAGGCACAGCAUUUGACCCGCAUCUCGCGCAUCCCGCUAUCGCUCGACCCUGUCGUUCAGACGCUACUCAAAGCUUCGGGCAACCUCUGCAGCAUAGGCAUGGCAUCAUACAUUCCACGCAUGCGAGUACGAUCCGUUCGGGGAUGUCGGAGUCGGCAAUGCCAUUGGGCCAUGAUCACAGUCCGGUGUACCUCACAAAUCCCUACGCUCCUCUACCCUCACAAGAGACGCAUCAGCCUCAAGCGGUCUACAGCGCCCCUCCCUCGGCGGACGCAAGUAUAGAGACCUUCGAUGCAACGAGCUCUGGGCCGUUUCCGUCCUCCCAUGUACGACGCAGCGUAUAGAUAGCUUCGUCUCGACUGGACUCUGCGCCGUGUGUAUACUUCACCUUCUAUGCGGACGUUUGCCUUUUCUUCUGUGUACACACCCUCGAUGACCCUUGCAGCGAUAGAUAAGUUAUGUAGCACUGGUUGUAAAUCACUUUCAAGUUGUCCGAGGGUACGUUUCCAUUGAUCC